AUGGCACCUACAGCAGUUGACCUCCACAGAGAGUACGAAACCUCCCUUGCCCAAGAAAACGGCACCCCGUUCAAUAAAAAGAUCAGAAAGGCCUCCGUCGUGAGUUCCCUGGGACUCAACCCGGACGCAGCCAUUCACUACAAUUCGUCUGUUCCCAUCUUGUACGAGGAUGCAUUGCAAGAAAAGGGCACCACCAUCUCCUCGACCGGCGCACUGAUCGCCUACUCGGGCUCGAAAACUGGCCGCUCGCCAAAGGACAAGCGAAUUGUCGACGAAGACUCUUCCACCGAGCACAUCUGGUGGGGUCCUGUCAACAAGAAGGUUGACGAGCAGACCUGGAAAAUCUCCAAGAGCAGAGCCAUCGACUACCUCAGAACCAGAGACAAGGUGUACAUCAUCGACGCCUUUGCUGGCUGGGACCCUCGCUACAGAAUCAAGGUGAGAGUCGUUUGUGCGCGGGCGUACCACGCGCUGUUCAUGAAAAACAUGCUGAUCAGACCGACCGACGAGGAACUGCGCGACUUUGGCGAGCCAGACUUCACGAUCUGGAACGCGGGCCAGUUCCCUGCGAACGUGUUCACCAAGGGCAUGACGUCUGCCACCAGUGUCGAGAUCAACUUCAAGGAGAUGGAGAUGGUCAUUUUGGGAACCGAGUACGCGGGCGAGAUGAAGAAGGGCAUCUUCACCGUGAUGUUCUACCUCAUGCCCGUGAAGCACCAGGUGCUGACGCUGCAUUCGUCGGCCAACCAGGGCGUGCAGAACGGCGACGUGACGCUCUUCUUUGGUCUGUCGGGAACAGGAAAAACCACGCUCAGCGCAGACCCUAACCGGAAGCUGAUCGGCGACGACGAGCACUGCUGGUCCGAUCACGGCGUGUUCAACAUCGAGGGCGGCUGCUACGCCAAGUGUCUGGACCUGUCUGCCGAGAAAGAGCCAGAAAUCUUCAACGCGAUCCGGUUCGGCUCAGUGCUCGAAAACGUGGUGUACGACCCGGUCACCAGACUGGUGGACUACUCGAACUCGAUGAUCACCGAAAACACGAGAUGCGCGUACCCGAUCGACUUCAUUCCGUCCGCCAAAAUCCCAUGCCUGGCGGACCGCCACCCUAAGAACAUUGUGCUGCUCACGUGCGACGCCAGAGGCGUGCUGCCGCCCGUCUCGAAGCUCACGAACGCCCAGGUCAUGUACCACUUCAUCUCCGGCUACACGUCCAAGAUGGCCGGCACAGAGAUGGGCGUGACGGAGCCGGAGGCCACGUUCUCUGCGUGCUUCGGCCAGCCGUUCCUCGUGCUCCAUCCUAUGAAGUACGCCCAGCAGCUGUCCGACAAGAUGAGCGAGCACAACUCGACCGCCUGGCUCCUGAACACGGGCUGGACCGGCAAGUCGGCCUCCAAGGGCGGCAAGCGGUGUCCGCUCAAGUACACCAGGGCCAUUCUCGACGCGAUCCACUCGGGCGAGCUCUCGAAGGUGGAGUACGAGACAUAUCCAACCUUUGGCCUGCAGGUGCCAAAAAGCUGUCCCGGCGUGCCAUCGUCGCUGCUCAACCCGGCCAAGAACUGGGCCGACGGCCUGCAGGACUUCAACACAGAGGUCACCAACCUGGCACAGCUGUUCAUGGAGAACUUCGAAAAGUACAGCUCCCAGUGCACCAGCGAGGUGAGAGCUGCAGGACCUGCUUUGUAA